AUGGGCAACGAGGCGAGCUUGGAAGGGGAAGGGCUCCCCGAAGGGCUGGCGGCGGCGGCAGCGGCAGCAGCCGGAGGAGGGGCUGGCGGGGCGGGGAGCCCCUUGCACACCGUGAUCCCGGCCGGCAUGGAAGCGGAUCUGAGCCAACUGAGCGAAGAGGAGAGGAGACAGAUCGCUGCUGUCAUGUCAAGGGCGCAGGGGCUGCCCAAAGGAAGCCUUACCCCGGCCGCUGCGGAGCCGCCUUCCAUGCACAGGAAACAAGAGUUGGAUAGUAGUCAACCUCCAAAGCAACCAGGAAAACCGCCAGACCCUGGGCGUCCAAUCCAGCCUGGUCUCAGUAAGAGUAGAACUACAGACACUCUAAGGUCAGAGCAGAAAUUGCCUGGAAGGAGUCCUUCCACUAUUAGCUUGAAAGAAUCGAAAUCCAGAACUGAUUUUAAGGACGAGCACAAGUCUAGUAUGAUGCCUGGCUUCCUCUCAGAGGUUAAUCCUUUAAGUGCUGUCUCCUCUGUUGUAAAUAAAUUCAAUCCUUUUGAUUUGAUAUCAGACCCUGAUGCCUCCCAGGAAGAAGCCUCCAAGAAACAAAAAAUAGCUCAGAAGGAACAAGGAAAACCCGAGGGAGUCACAAAGCCUCCAUCACAACAACAGUCUCCCAAGACAGUUCCUAAGCAGCCAGGACCUGUGAGGGCUCCGCUUCAGCAGGAAGGUUCUCCAAAAUCUGGAUCCUCUCAGCCACCAGAAAAAAGUAAAUCACAACCUCCAGAAACAGGAAAGCCAGCUCAGGGCUUCCCCCAGGCUCCUCAGACAGACCAGGUAAAAUUGCCACUUCAGAGAGAUGCAUCCAGGCCUCAGACUAAACAGACAGACCCAGGAAGGGGUGAGUCUGCUAAACCCUCACUGCAGAGCCCCUCUAAGCCACCUAGUCAGCAAGGAAGUCCUGGAAAAUCUCCAGCCCAGCAGCCUGGAGCUGAAAAACGUACCGUACCACCGCCUGGGCCUGCAAAGCCCCUAGCUCAACAACUGGGAACAGCAAAGCCCCUGGCCCAAGCUCCAGGGCCCACAAAGCCUGGAGCUCAGCCUCCUGGGCCAGCAAAGCCCCUCGCCCAGCAGCCAGGGACAGCAAAACCCCUGGCUCACCAGCCCGGGCCGCAAUCUCCAGCUCAGCCGCCGGGGCCAGCAAAGGCUCCAGCUCAGCAGCUUGGGACGACCAAGCCUCAGGUCCAGUCGUCCGGGCCAGGCAAGACUCCACCUCAGCAGCCAGGCCCAGUGAAGCCCCCUCCUCAACAGCCGGGCCCAGUGAAGCCCCCACCUCAGCAGCCAGGCCCAGUGAAGCCCCCUCCUCAACAGCCAGGCCCAGUGAAGCCCCCUCCUCAACAGCCAGGCCCAGUGAAGCCCCCUCCUCAACAGCCAGGCCCAGCGAAGCCCCCUCCUCAACAGCCAGGCCCAACGAAGCCCCCUCCUCAACAGCCUGGUCCAGUGAAGCCCCCUCCUCAACAGCCUGGUCCAGCGAAGCCCCCUCCUCAACAGCCUGGUCCAGCGAAGCCCCCUCCUCAACAGCCAGGCCCAACGAAGCCCCCUCCUCAACAGCCUGGUCCAGUGAAGCCCCCUCCUCAACAGCCAGGCCCAACGAAGCCCCCUCCUCAACAGCCAGGUUCAGCGAAGCCCCCUCCUCAACAGCCUGGUCCAGCGAAGCCCCCUCCUCAACAGGCAGGACCUGCAAAGCCCUCAGCUCAGCAGUCUACAAAACCAGUAAGCCAAACAGGAGCUGGGAAACCUCUGCAGCCACCAACGUUUCCAUCUGCAGCACAGACUCCAGUACACGGCCUCCCUAAAACCAUCUGCCCUCUUUGCAAUACCACUGAACUUCUGUUGCAUGUUCCAGAAAAGGCCAAUUUUAACACGUGCACUGAGUGUCAGACCACUGUCUGUAGCCUCUGUGGUUUUAAUCCCAAUCCUCAUUUAACUGAGAUGAAAGAGUGGCUCUGUUUAAACUGUCAGAUGCAGAGAGCUCUAGGAGGUAACCUGGCUCCAAUUCCAUCAUCACCCCAGCCCAGACCGAAGACUGCCCCUGUUCCUGCAUCAGCAGUGAGCAAGCCACCCACGCCAUCACAGCAGGUUUCUCCAAAGAAAGAUACUACACCCAAACAGGAUGUCUCGAAGGUAGCUGAGUCUAAAAAGCCCCCACCACUAGUGAAACAACCAACCCUUCACAGUCCCCACCCAGUCACAUCCCAGCAGCCUCCUGAGGCAGAGUCCUCACCCAAGCCAGCCCCUCCCAAAGAGCCUUCUGUCCCGUCUGAACCGGCCAAAGUCUCCAUGGCUGAUGAUAAACCAGAGCAGCCCCAGACAGGGAAGCCCGCCACAGACAUUGUGUCUUCAUCAUCAACAGCAACAAGACCAGAUAUUCCAGGCUCCAAAAUACCAUCACAGGAUCAAGAGAAAACAACUCCUCCUCUAAAACCAGACUCUGCCAAACCUUCUCAAAGUUUUCCACCAACAGGAGAAAAAGUUACCCCAGUAGAUUCUAAAGUCAUACCUCGACCUGCAUCAGAUACAAAAAUUAUUUCACAUCCCGGACCUACCCCAGAGGGCAAAGAUCAAAAACAAGUUGAUCCAAUUCAGAAAAAGGACGAACCCAAGAAAGCACAAACCAAAAUGAGUCCUAAGCCAGACACCAAGCCGAUGCCAAAAGGGUCACCGACACCCCAAGGUCCACGACCCCCCACUGGACAAACUGCCCCUCUAUCUCCACAGCCCCCAAAGCCUCAGGAGCAGUCGAGACGUUUUAGCCUAAAUCUGGGAAGUAUUACUGAUGCCCCUAAAUCACAGCCCACAACUCCUCAAGAAACAGUGACUGGGAAGCUCUUUGGGUUUGGAGCAUCCAUCUUUAGCCAGGCAUCAAAUCUGAUCUCCACAGCAGGCCAGCCUGGGUCUCAUUCACAGGGUGGGCCAGCGGCCCCAACAAAACAAGUUCCUCCUCCUUCACAACCACCUACUUCUCAAGGGCCACCCAAAUCCACGGCACCGCCAGCACCUGCAAAGGUUCUACCUGUGAAAAAGGAAACCAAAGCUCCAGUAGUUGAAAAACUAGAGCCCAAAGCUGAACAAGUUUCAACAGUAAAAAGAACAGAAACAGAAAAGAAGCCCCUGCCUACUAAGGACAGCAAACCUUCCACGGCUGAACCUCAAAAGGUUGUUCUUCCCCCGAAACUGGAAGAAACCCCCAAACCAGACUCAGCCUGUCCUCUCUGCAAAACUGAACUCAACAUAAGUUCUAAGGAUCCUGCUAACUUCAACACUUGCACUGCAUGCAAGAAACAAGUGUGUAAUCUCUGUGGAUUUAAUCCUACGCCACACUUGACUGAGAUUCAAGAAUGGCUUUGUUUAAAUUGCCAAACCCAGAGAGCAAUAUCAGGACAGCUGGGAGACAUGGGCAAAAUGCCACCAACACAGGCAGGACCAAAAGCCUCUCCUAUGCCUGCCCCUACAGAACAGCCAUUUCAGGCAACGGCAAUGCCUGCCCCAGGAAAAGUGAAAAAGAAGGAAGAAGAAGAAAAACCUGAAGCUGAAAAAUCCACUUCAGAAAAGGUAAAAGAAACACCUUCAGGUGAAAAAAUUACCCCUAAGGAAACCAUAGCUCAAAUCCAAGAGGAGAGGAAAGGAGAGGAAGACAAAACUUCAGCCCCUCAAGAAAAAAAGUCAUCCCCUGAAGACAAAAAGCCACCUUCUGAAGACAAAAAGCCACUCCCUGAAGAAAAAAAGCCACCUCUCGAAGAAAAAAAACCAACCCUUAAAGACAAAAAGCCGGCUCUUGAAGACAAAAAGUUAGCCCCAGGGGCAAAAUCAUUGGUUCUAGAGGAAGAACAGAAACAGGACUUACUUAAAGCUCAAGUACAAAUUGCUGAAGUAAAACCUGAAGGCAGAGUGCCUCCAGAGGCAGGGGAAGAAAAGAAACAACCGCCAAUGGAGACGGAAGAUUUACCAGCCAGCGCACCUCGGCGUUUGCCUAAAGAAGAUGAUGGGAUGACUCAAAAAAUAAAAGUACAGCCACAGGCACCAUGCACGGCAAAGCCUGAUCAGAUGGAAUCUGGAAAGGAAAAAACAGAAAAGGAAGAAGACAAAUCAGACACUUCAAGUUCUCAGCAACCGAAAAGCCCACAAGGUCUUAGUGACACAGGAUAUUCUUCUGAUGGAAUAUCAAGUUCACUUGGUGAAAUUCCAAGUCUUAUUCCUGGUGAUGAAAAGGAUUUGCUCAAGGGACUCAAAAAGGAUUCCUUUUCACAAGAAAGCAGCCCUUCCAGCCCCUCAGAUUUGGCUAAGUUAGAAAGUACAGUCCUAUCGAUUUUAGAAGCUCAGGCAAGUACACUUGUUGAAGAAAAGUCAGAAAAGAAAACACAGCCCCAUGAUGUUUCUCCUGAGCAGCCUAAGGACCAGCAGAAAACUCAGAGUUUAGAGGAAAAACUGGAAUCUACAGUUCCCGAAGAGGAGCUCAAAGAGAGUCAAGAAGGAGACACUUUUAAAAAAGAGAGCCAACAAGACCUUCCUUCCAGAAAGGACCAAGAAAUGCCUGAAUUUGUUGACGAGUUGGCUACAAGGAGACAGCCUUAUGAUUCAAUUGAAGACAGUAGUGAAAGCGAAAACUCACCUGUUCCACAGAGAAAAGGGAGGGCCAGUGUUGGUUCAUCGAGCAGUGAUGAGUAUAAACAGGAAGACAGCCAAGGAUCAGGGGAAGAGGAGGACUUCAUUCGAAAGCAGAUCAUAGAAAUGAGUGCUGAUGAAGACGCUUCAGAUUCUGAAGACGAUGAGUUCAUUAGGAACCAGCUGAAAGAGAUUAGCAGUAGUAUAGAGAGCCAGAAGAAGGAAGAAACCAGAGGGAAGGGGAAAGGACCAGGAGGGAAACACAGGCGACUGACGCGAAAAAGUAGUGCAAGCUUUGAUGACGAUGCAGGAAGACGCCAUUCCUGGCAUGAUGAAGAUGAUGAGACCUUUGAUGAAAGUCCUGAGCUUAAAUACAGAGAAACUAAAAGUCAGGAGAGUGAAGAACUUGUAGUUGCCGGAGGAGGAGGACUCCGUCGAUUUAAAACAAUUGAACUCAACAGCACGAUAGCAGAUAAAUAUUCUCCAGAGUCAUCACAGAAAAAAACAGCUUUGUAUUUUGAUGACGAGCCAGAAUUAGAAAUGGAAAGCCUGACAGACUCUCCGGAAGAUCGAUCAAGGGGGGAAGGAUCUUCUAGUCUUCAUGCUUCCAGCUUCACUCCUGGCACAUCCCCUACAUCCGUUUCUUCUCUGGACGAAGACAGUGAUAGUAGUCCAAGUCACAAAAAAGGAGAGAGCAAACAGCAACGCAAAGCUCGACAUAGAUCGCAUGGCCCUCUUUUACCUACCAUUGAAGAUUCUUCAGAGGAAGAAGAAUUAAGAGAAGAAGAAGAAUUGUUGAAGGAGCAAGAAAAGCAACGGGAAUUAGAACAGCAGCAAAGAAAGAGUUCUAGUAAGAAAUCAAAGAAAGACAAAGAUGAACUUCGAGCUCAGAGAAGGAGGGAAAGACCAAAGACACCACCCAGUAAUCUCUCUCCCAUCGAAGACGCAUCUCCAACAGAAGAAUUACGCCAGGCUGCAGAAAUGGAGGAGCUCCAUCGAUCUUCGUGUUCUGAAUAUUCACCUAGCAUAGAGUCAGACCCAGAAGGCUUUGAAAUAAGCCCAGAAAAAAUAAUCGAAGUACAAAAAGUUUAUAAAUUGCCCACAGCUGUGUCUUUAUACUCACCAACAGAUGAGCAAUCUCUUAUGCAGAAAGAAGGUGGCCAAAAGGCAUUAAAAAGUGCUGAGGAGAUGUAUGAAGAAAUGAUGCAUAAAACCCAGAAAUAUAAAGCUUUUCCAGCUGCAAGUGAACGAGAUGAAAUGUUUGAAAAAGAGCCUUUGUAUGGGGGGAUGCUAAUAGAAGAUUAUAUUUAUGAAUCUUUAGUAGAAGACACAUACAAUGGUUCAGUCGACAGCAGUCUGCUCACGAGGCAAGAAGAAGAAAAUGGAUUUUUGCAGCAGAGAGGGAGAGAGCAAAAAAUGAGACUUCCAGAACAGAUUUAUGAAGAUCCCAUGCAGAAAAUUACAGACCUCCAGAAAGAGUUUUAUGAGUUAGAAAAUUUACAUGCUGUUUUGCCUCAAGAAGACAUCGUUUCAAGUUCUUUUAUCAUCCCAGAAAGCCAUGAGAUUGUUGAUCUGGGUAGUAUGGUGACUUCUACCAGUGAGGAAAAAAAAUUAUUAGAUGCUGAUGCUGCCUAUGAAGAACUCAUGAAAAGGCAACAGAUGCAGUUAACACCUGGAUCUAGUCCAACCCAGCCCCUCAUCAGAGACGAUAUGACAGAGUCCACUGUGGACUUUGAUAGGGUGCCUGAUGCAUCUUUGACAUCAAGUGUUCUCUCGGGAGCAUCUCUUACAGAUUCAACCAGCAGCACAACACUCUCCAUCCCAGAUGUUAAAAUAACCCAACAUUUUUCAACAGAAGAAAUUGAGGAUGAACAUGUGACUGAUUAUACAAGAGAAAUUCAAGAGAUAAUUGCUCAUGAAUCACUGAUUUUGACCUAUUCUGAACCUUCAGAAAGUGCUACAUCAGUCCCACCCUCUGACACACCCUCUCUCACAUCAUCUGUUUCUUCAGUUUGUACCACAGAUAGCUCCUCACCCAUUACUACCCUGGAUAGCAUGACCACAGUUUAUACGGAGCCAGUGGACAUUGUAGCUAAAUUUGAAGAUGCUGAGGAAAUUUCUUCAUCAACAUAUUUCCCAGGCAGCAUUAUAGACUAUCCAGAAGACAUAAGUAUACCUUUAGAUCAGACAACCAUACAGGAUGGUAGAACUAGUACAGAUCACAUUGUGAUUUCCUUAUCUGAUAUAAAACCUUCUCUCAUAGAAUCUGUAGGAACUAAACUCGAGGGGCUAAUUGCUGACACUGUUUCUACUGACUUAUCUAUAUCUGAAAAAGAUGCAGCAAAGAAGGCCAGAAAGGAAACAGGGGAUGGACUUAUUCUGGAAGUUUUGGAAGCUUAUAGAGAUACUAGGAAGGAGUCUGAGGCUGAACUGACAGAAAUUAGCUUACCUGACACUGUGUUUGAUCAGACACCUUCUUCCAUAAAAACUCUUCAAAUGAAGGAGCAGGUUUCAACGACAUGCUUUUUACCUGAAGAGGUUUUGGGUCAAGCAAAACCCACAUCUCAGCUACCAUCUGGCACUCCUCCCAUUUUCUCUCUUCCAACUAAAACUCGUCCAUUCCUUCGAAGUUCUUCUUUGGACGCAUCAGCCCAGCCCCCGCCCCCGCCCCCUCCCCCUCCCCCUCCCCCACCUCCUCCCCCUCCUCCUCCUCCCCCACCUCUUCCUCCUCCUACCUCACCUAAACCAACUAUUCAUCCUAAAAAAAAGUUAGCGGUUACAGCUCCAGUGACUGCAGCUACUGCAGCUACAUCUCUAGUAGAUUCUGUUCCUGCAGUGGAGACCACAUCUGCUCCCAGAAGUAAUGGGUUACCUAUGACAAAAAUAUAUACCACUGCACCUCCACCUGUUCCUCCUAAGCCAUCUUUAAUUCCAUCUGGACUUGUAUUUACACAUAGACCCGAGCCAAGCAAACCUCCACUUGCUCCUAAACCAGCAGUUCCUCAACCUCCAGUCACUACCCCAAAACCAACAGAUACAUACCCCAAACCAACAGGUCUACCUUUAACUACAAGUAUGACAUUAAAUUUAGUGACAUCAGCAGACUAUAAAUUGCCUUCCCCUACCUCUCCACUUUCCCCUCACUCUAACAAGUCCUCGCCAAGAUUUUCCAAGUCUCUUAUGGAAACUUAUGUGGUUAUCACAUUGCCAUCUGAACCUGGCACUCCAACAGAUUCUUCACCUAGUCAAGCUAUUACCAGUUGGCCAUUGGGAUCACCCCCCAAAGAUCUGAUUUCCAUCGAACCAGUAUUUUCUGUAGUUCCUCCUAUGACAGCUGCAGAAAUAUCAACUUCUUCACAACAGAGCCUGUACAUCUCCAGAGCUUUGGAGACAUUUGCUGCUAUCCCAGUCACAACACUGUCUUCAUUUCAAGCAACUUCAGCUUCAGUUACACAGUUUCACCCAACUGAAGUUUCCAAGGCUGAGGUUCCAACAGCAAGAAGUACAGUCCCUAGUGUUGGUCUCAGCAGUGUCUCUAUAUCCUUUCCUCCAGAGCCUCUUGCUCUAGAUCACCUCUGUUUAGAGAAGCAGCAGCAUAAAGAAGAAGUCCAGUUGCAACUUGUUGGUGAUGCCAUUGAUCUGCGUACGGUACCCAAAGUAGAUGUUAAAGUAACUGAAAAAUGUGUGGAUCUUUCUGCCUCUGCAGUGGAUGUGAAGAGGCAGACCACAACAAGUGAAAUGUAUGGGAGACAAAUUAGUGCUGUCCAGCCCUCAAUUAUAAAUCUCAGCGCAACUUCAUCAGGAGUGACUCCUAUACCCCUGGUCACCGAGACAGUGACUGUUGUCACUGCAGGUUACACCACAGGCACAGAAAGCCUAGUGGGUCUAGAACUUGCAACAGCAGCACCACUCCAGCUUACUACAUCAAAGCAUGUGGAGCCACCAUACAGAGUGCCAAGUGGCCAGAUCUUUCCUACAAUGAGGGAGGAAGCACCAAUAAAUUUAAGUACUUCUGCACAUGCCGUGACAUCAGCUCCUACGAAACCUGUUACUGCACCUCCUGUUGGUGUCACAAAUGGAUGGACGGAUAGCUCCACAUCCCAGAGCAUCACUGACGGGGAAGUGGUGGAUCUCAGUACCUCCAAAGCUCAUAGAACUGUUGUAACCAUGGAUGAAGCUUCUUCAAAUGUGGUGACUAAGAUAAUAGAAGAUGAUGAAAAACCUGUUGAUCUGACUGCAGGAAGCAGAGCCGUGUGCUGUGACGUGGUUUAUAAGUUGCCCUUCGGAAGAAGCUGCACGGCACGGCAGCCUGCAACCACUCUUCCUGAGGAUCGUUUUGGUUACAGGGAUGAUCACUAUCAAUAUGAUCGAUCAGGGCCAUAUGGUUAUAGAGGGAUUGGGGGAAUGAAGCCUUCCAUGUCUGACACUAAUUUAGCAGAAGCUGGACAUUUUUUCUAUAAAAGUAAGAACGCUUUUGAUUAUUCUGGAGGAACUGAUGCAGCAGUAGAUCUUACUUCAGGGAGAGUUACUACAGGUCAGUAUGAUGUAGCAACAGACCUUUCCUUGAAAUAUCAUGGUGUUCCUCACCUCAUUUCAGGAUGACAAUGGUCUUAUUUUCAAUUUUGUUAUUUUUUUAUCUUUCUUUGGAUGUUUUGGCAAUAUAUUUUGGAGUACAUGUGCACUUUUGUUUCUCCAUUUUUUUUAAAAAAGUUUGUUCACCCAAAGUCGCCUGCAUGUGCCUGCAUGUUCAACAUUGCUUUUAUUCUGCACCUGAGUAGGUUAAUAACCUGUGGAUUUGCAUGCAGUCCUGUUCAUUAUGUUCUUCAAGACGAGAGGGCUUUCCAACCCCAAAAACAUCAUUCAUUCAGGAACUGGACUAUAACUCUCCCCUGUAUUUCAGGUGAGGUAAUGGAUUAUUCAAGCAAGACUACAGGUCCAUAUCCAGAAACUCGACAAGUCAUUUCAGGAGUUGGGAUUAGUACCCCGCAGUAUUCCACAGCAAGAAUGACUCCACCUCCAGGACCCCAGUAUGGUGUGGGGAGCGUUUUGAGGUCAUCUAAUGGGGUUGUCUAUUCUUCAGUAGCAACUCCAAUUCCUUCCACAUUUGCUAUCACCACACAGCCUGGCUCCAUUUUCAGCACCACCAUGAGGGAUUUGUCUGGUGUGCACACAAAUGGCGCCGUGACUUCCUUAUCCGCCCUGCACCAAAGUCAGCCCAUGCCUAGAUCCUAUUUCCUAACAACUGGUGCAUCCGAAACAGACAUUGAAGUCACUGGUAUUGAUAUCAGUGCCAGUUUGCAGACUAUCACUAUGGAGACUCUCACGGCUGAGACAAUGGACUCGGUUCCAACCCUGACCACAGCGUCUGAAGUAUUUCCUGAAGUGGUGGGAGAGGAAAGUGCACUUUUGAUCAUCCCCGAGGAAGAUAAGCAACAACAGCAGCUAGAUUUGGAGCGUGAGCUCUUGGAACUGGAAAAGAUCAAGCAACAGCGUUUUGCUGAGGAGUUGGAGUGGGAACGGCAAGAGAUUCAAAGGUUCCGAGAACAGGAAAAGAUCAUGGUUCAAAAGAAGCUGGAGGAGCUGCAGUCAAUGAAGCAGCACCUCCUCUAUCAGCAAGAAGAGGAGCGGCAAGCCCAGUUCAUGAUGAGGCAGGAGACAUUAGCGCAACAACAGUUGCAGCUGGAACAGAUCCAGCAGCUGCAGCAACAGCUUCACCAGCAGCUGGAGGAGCAGAAGAUCCGCCAGGUCUACCAGUAUAACUAUGACCCUUCCGGAACUGCCUCUCCACAGACCACUGCAGAGCAGGCCAUCCUGGAAGGUCAGUAUGUUGCCCCAGAAGGUGGUCAGUUCUGGGCAACCGAAGAUGCAACCACCACAGCCUCAGCUGUGGUGGCGAUUGAAAUACCACAGAGCCAGGGAUGGUACACGGUUCAGUCUGAUGGGGUGACUCAGUACAUUGCCCCACCUGGCAUUCUGAGUACUGUUUCAGAAAUACCUCUGACAGAUGUAAUUGUCAAAGAGGAGAAACAACCCAAGAAGAGAAGUUCUGGAGCUAAAGUCCGUGGCCAGUACGACGAGAUGGGGGAAAAUCUGGCAGAUGACCCCCGCUGCUUUAAAAAGAUAGUGGACAGUGGGGUACAGACUGACGAUGAAGAUUCAGCAGAUCGGAGUUACGUGAGUAGGAGAAGGAGAACUAAAAAGAGUGUCGAUACAAGUGUCCAAACGGAUGACGAAGAUCAGGAUGAAUGGGACAUGCCUACUAGAUCUAGGAGGAAAGCUCGCGUAGGGAAAUACGGCGACAGCCCUGCAGAGGCGGACAAGGCCAAACCCCCUUCCAAAGUCUCCAGCAUAGCCGUUCAAACAGUAGCAGAGAUAUCUGUGCAAACUGAACCAGUCGGAACCAUAAGAACACCUUCGAUACGGGCACGCGUGGAUGCCAAGGUAGAAAUAAUUAAACACAUUUCAGCACCUGAAAAGACUUACAAAGGGGGCAGUUUAGGAUGUCAAACAGAAGCAGAUUCAGACACACAAAGUCCUCAAUAUCUGAGUGCCACCUCUCCACCCAAAGACAAGAAACGCCCAACACCUUUAGAAAUUGGUUAUUCAUCUCACCUCCGGGCAGAUUCCACACUACAGCUGGCUCCUUCCCCACCCAAAUCUCCAAAAGUCCUUUAUUCUCCCAUCUCACCACUUUCACCAGGCAAAGCCUUAGAAUCAGCCUUUGUACCUUAUGAGAAACCCCUCCCUGAUGAUAUAAGUCCACAGAAAGUACUGCAUCCAGAUAUGGCUAAAGUUCCCCCAGCAAGUCCUAAGACAGCCAAGAUGAUGCAGCGCUCCAUGUCUGACCCCAAGCCUCUGAGUCCAACAGCAGACGAAAGUUCCAGGGCUCCUUUUCAGUAUACCGAGGGCUACACGGCGAAAGGUUCUCAAACUGCAACAACCUCUGGCACUCAGAAAAAAGUGAAGAGAACUCUGCCAAACCCACCACCUGAAGAGACCUCCACAGGAAUUCAGUCAGCCUACAGCACAGUGGGCACAGUCUCCAGGAGAAGGAUCUGCAGAACCAACACGAUGGCCCGAGCCAAGAUUCUCCAGGAUAUAGACAGAGAGCUUGAUCUUGUGGAGAGGGAAUCUGCCAAGCUUAGGAAGAAACAAGCAGAACUUGAUGAGGAAGAAAAGGAGAUUGAUGCUAAGUUACGGUACCUAGAAAUGGGGAUUAACAGGAGGAAAGAGGCCUUGUUAAAGGAGCGAGAAAAGAGAGAGAGAGCCUAUCUCCAGGGAGUAGCUGAGGAUCGUGAUUACAUGUCCGACAGUGAGGUCAGCAGCACCAGACCAACGCGAAUUGAAAGUCAGCAUGGCAUCGAGCGACCAAGAACUGCUCCCCAAACUGAAUUCAACCAGUUUAUUCCACCACAAACCCAAACAGAAUCUCAGCUAGUCCCUCCUACGAGUCCAUAUACCCAAUACCAAUACUCUUCCCCUGCUCUUCCUACUCAAGCACCCACCCCAUACACCCAACAAUCCCACUUUCAGCAACAGACUCUGUACCAUCAGGAAGUUUCACCUUAUCAGACUCAGCCAACCUUCCAAGCUGUGGCAACGAUGUCCUUCACACCUCAGGCUCAACCUACACCAACCCCACAACCUUCUUAUCAGUUACCAUCACAGAUGAUGGUGAUACAACAAAAGCCACGGCAAACUGCAUUAUAUUUGGAGCCCAAGAUAACGUCCAACUAUGAGGUGAUUCGCAACCAACCCCUGAUGAUAGCGCCUGUUUCUACUGAUAAUACAUAUGCUGUUUCCCAUCUUGGUAGUAAGUACAACAGCUUAGAUUUGAGAAUAGGAUUGGAAGAAAGAAGUAGCAUGGCAAGCAGUCCAAUAUCAAGCAUAUCUGCAGAUUCUUUCUAUGCAGAUAUUGACCAUCAUACUUCACGAAAUUAUGUCUUAAUUGAUGACAUUGGUGAGAUUACCAAAGGAACAGCAGCUUUAAGCACUGCAUUUAGCCUUCACGAAAAAGAUCUGUCAAAAACAGAUCGUCUCCUCCGAACCACUGAGACACGUAGGUCUCAAGAAGUGACAGAUUUCCUAGCACCUCUGCAGACUUCGUCCAGAUUGCAUAGUUACGUGAAAGCAGAGGAGGACCCAAUGGAGGAUCCUUAUGAGUUAAAGCUUCUGAAACAACAGAUUAAACAAGAAUUCCGGAGAGGAGCAGAGAGCUUAGAUCACCUUGCUGGUCUUUCUCAUUAUUACCAUGCCGAUACUAGUUAUAGACAUUUUCCAAAAUCUGAGAAGUACAGCAUUAGUAGACUCACACUUGAAAAACAAGCAGCAAAACAACUACCAGCUGCCAUACUUUAUCAAAAGCAGUCAAAGCAUAAGAAAUCACUAAUUGACCCUAAAAUGUCAAAAUUCUCACCUAUUCAAGAAAGUAGAGACCUUGAACCUGAUUAUUCGAGCUAUAUGACUGCAAGCACUUCAUCUAUUGGUGGCAUUUCUUCCAGGGCAAGGCUUCUUCAAGAUGAUAUUACUUUUGGCCUCAGAAAAAAUAUUACAGACCAACAAAAAUUUAUGGGAUCAUCUCUUGGUGCAGGACUGGGCACCUUAGGGAAUACCAUUCGGUCAGCUCUGCAGGAUGAAGUGGAUAAGCCAUAUAGCAGUGGCAGCAGGUCCAGACCUUCUUCCAGACCUUCCUCUGUCUACGGGCUCGAUUUAUCAAUUAAAAGAGAUUCUUCCAGUUCUUCUCUAAGACUGAAAGCUCAAGAGGCUGAAGCUCUAGAUGUUUCCUUUAGUCAUGCAUCACCUUCUGGGAGAACUAAGCCUACCAGUUUGCCUAUUAGCCAGAGUAGAGGAAGGAUACCAAUUGUGGCCCAGAAUUCUGAAGAGGAAAGUCCACUCAGUCCUGUUGGACAGCCAAUGGGGAUGGCCAGGGCUGCUGCUGGACCCCUACCACCAAUAUCUGCAGACACCAGGGACCAGUUUGGAUCCAGUCACUCUUUGCCUGAAGUUCAGCAACACAUGAGAGAAGAAUCACGGACUCGAGGCUACGAUCGUGACAUAGCAUUCAUCAUGGAUGACUUCCAACAUGCCAUGUCAGACAGUGAAGCCUAUCACCUCCGUCGUGAAGAAACAGAUUGGUUUGACAAACCCAGGGAGUCUCGUUUGGACAAUGGACAUGGUCUAGAUCGAAAACUACCAGAAAGAUUGGUCCACUCUAGACCACUAAGUCAACACCAAGAGCAAAUUAUACAGAUGGAUGGGAAAACUGUGCACUACAUCUUUCCACAUGCAAGGAUAAAAAUAACAAGAGACUCUAAGGAUCACACGGUUUCAGGUAACGGAUUAGGAAUUAGAAUUGUGGGUGGUAAAGAAAUCCCUGGACAUAGCGGAGAAAUUGGAGCCUAUAUUGCCAAGAUUCUUCCUGGAGGAAGUGCCGAACAGACAGGGAAACUUGUGGAAGGAAUGCAAGUAUUGGAGUGGAAUGGAAUUCCUUUAACUUCUAAAACAUAUGAAGAAGUGCAGAGUAUCAUUAGUCAGCAAAAUGGGGAAGCAGAAAUAUGUGUAAGACUGGACCUCAAUAUGCUGUCAGAUUCUGAAAAUCCCCAGCACCUAGAGCUCCAUGAACCACCAAAAGCUGUGGAUAAAGCGAAAUCCCCAGGGGUUGAUCCCAAGCAGUUGGCAGCAGAGCUCCAGAAGGUCUCACUACAGCAGUCACCACUGGUUCUGUCAUCUGUUGUUGAAAAGGGAUCUCACGUUCAUUCAGGUCCUACAUCAGCAGGAUCCAGUUCCGUUCCCAGUCCUGGGCAGCCAGGGUCACCCUCAGUGAGCAAAAAGAAGCACAGCAGCAGCAAGCCGCCUGAUGCAGCAAAGGUGGUCUCUCAUCCAAUUACGGGGGAAAUUCAGCUUCAAAUCAACUAUGACCUUGGAAAUCUCAUAAUACAUAUUCUCCAAGCAAGAAACCUAGUCCCUCGAGACAACAAUGGUUAUUCAGACCCCUUUGUUAAAGUGUACCUUCUUCCAGGGAGAGGUGCUGAGUAUAAGAGAAGGACUAAAUACGUUCAGAAAAGUCUUAAUCCUGAGUGGAAUCAAACAGUGAUUUAUAAAAGUAUCUCCAUGGAACAGCUCAAGAAGAAAACACUGGAGGUGACAGUCUGGGAUUAUGAUAGAUUUUCUUCCAAUGACUUUCUUGGUGAGGUACUGAUUGAUUUAUCUAGCACAUCUCACCUUGAUAACACGCCUAGGUGGUAUCCGCUCAAAGAACAGACUGAAAGCAUUGAUCAUGGCAAGUCCCAUUCCAGUCAGAGCAGCCAGCAGUCCCCAAAGCCAUCUGUCAUCAAAAGCAGAAGCCAUGGUAUCUUCCCUGACCCAUCCAAGGACAUGCAGGUUCCCACCAUUGAGAAAUCCCAUAGUAGUCCCGGUAGCUCGAAAUCCUCAUCCGAAGGCCAUCUCCGCUCUCAUGGACCAUCUCGCAGUCAAAGCAAAACCAGCGUCACUCAGACCCACCUGGAAGACGCAGGGGCUGCUAUAGCCGCUGCCGAAGCCGCUGUGCAACAACUCCGCCUUCAACCAACCAAGCCCACCAAUCAGCGGCCUGCAGAAAGCUCCGUGUCCACUGGCUCCUCGGGCAGCAGCUUUGGCAGUGGGUAUAGCGUGGACAGUGAAGGAAGCAGCAGCACUGCAGGGGAGACUAAUCUAUUUCCUAUUCCAAGGAUAGGAAAGAUGGGACAGAAUGGGCAAGAGCCUAUAAAACAGACAGGAGUAGGCAUAGGACUAGCAGACACUGAAGUUAAAACUCAGGUAAUGGGAGAAAUCAAGAUUGCAUUGAAGAAAGAAAUGAAGACAGAUGGGGAACAACUAAUAGUUGAAAUCCUACAGUGUAGAAAUAUUACCUACAAAUUUAAAUCUCCUGAUCACUUACCAGAUUUAUAUGUGAAACUAUAUGUGUUGAACAUAUCUACCCAAAAAAAGGUGAUCAAGAAAAAAACAAGAGUAUGUAGACAUGAUCGAGAGCCUUCAUUCAAUGAAACUUUUAGAUUCAGCCUAAGUCCUGCUGGACAUUCUCUUCAGAUUUUACUUUUUUCCAAUGGAGGGAAGUUUAUGAAAAAGACCUUGAUUGGCGAAGCCUGUAUCUGGCUUGACAAAGUGGAUCUCAGAAAAAGAAUAGUCAACUGGCACAAACUUUUGGUCAGUCCUACUCAAACCCACUGAAGAAAUGUGUCUGCUCAGGGUAUAGAAAGUGCUUUAAAUAAUCUUAAUCACGACUACAGUUGAAUACUAUUGGUUCUAAGCUAUGUUUUCAGGGGUAAUCGUGAGAAGAGGAACAAAAAGCAAAAGCAUACUCAAAACUUUGCAAAUGUAUGGUUGUGGAACAUAGAAAAAAACUCAAAAGAAAAAGUCCGUAUAUUGAAGACAAGAAAAAAAAAGGAGUUCAGAAACCUUGGAUUUCUUGUGGCUGUCAUGAAAAACAGUGAGACAAACUUUGAUUACUUAAUGCAAAACAUUUUUGAGUAGAGUUGAGCUAUAGCUAACUGAAGGCUGAGACUUAAAGAUUAAUAUGGUUUCUAAUGCAGGCAAUCCUUUAUGUAGAAGAGCUUUGUUGAAAGGAAGGAAGUGAUGUAACAAAUCUCAGUUUUCAAAAGUCUUUCUUCUUCAUCUUCUCAGAUAACUAUUUUGAGAUGCUGACAUAGGAUAUACCUACAGUGUGUAUCCAGACUAGAAGUAAGGAGGUUGUGUUUUUAAGGAAAGGGGAACCAGAGAUUUAGAAAUUAUAGCUUUUAGAUCAUGUUGUACAAGUUUUCUCUGUGUCUAAAUGUUACAAGGGUGAACAACACCAAUUUUGGAAUUCUUGUUGUAAAAGCACAUUUGUAUAAUUUGAAAUAAUGUAUAUUGAAAAUAAUACUAAGUAGAAAUGGAAUCACAUGUAUCGAGAAGUAAAACCAUGACUGGCUAAUGGAAAAGAAUAUUGUCCCAUAAACUGUUGGAAGCUUGGUUGAAAACAUCAAAAUCUCCAUAAAUAACCCUUAAUCCAAGACAUUUUCAAUCUACAUACCAAAGGACCUAGAUUAAAUUGAUAUAUUCUAGGAAGCAUGAUAACUUGUGCUUUGUGAAGUUGCAAAUCAAUGUACGAUCCCACAUAUUUUCUUUCUCUGAAGUAAUAAAUGCACAGAGAGAAAGUUCUUCCUCUGGCAAACAACUCAUACUAAUCUAUGACAUUGAUUAAUUAAAUUGGUGUCAUUUCCUGCUCUUCUACAGUUUCUUUUUCCCUUACUAUGUUAAUUGAUUGUAAAAUGAAAACCCUGACACCAAAUUCAAGUUCUCUCUAGUGCUCUAUUUUCCUACUUUAUUGAUAGUAUCACAGUGUUGGGAAAAUAUGUGAAAAAUCAAUGUUAUAGUAAGGUGAAAGUGUUCUUGGAGCUACUUUAAUAAUAUAGAAUAAAAGAACCAAUGUCUAAGUGAUUAAAAUGAAACAUCCUCUUCCCCAUCAACCAACAACAUGAACAAGGAAGUUACAUGGUCUUGGAGGAGAUGAACUCAGCUGGGAUUCAAAGCCUGGCCUCUGGCCUUGGUUCUGCCACUAACUGUCACCGUGCACAUGUCACUUAAACUCAAUUUUCCUCAGUUUUCUUAUUUGUGGGAAAAUAUAAUUACAUAUUCCUAACCUUCCUAAUGGGAUGUUGGGAUGAUCAAACUAAGUGAUCUAUGAGAAAAGAUGAAAGCACAUUUCCAAAUAUAGUUUUAUACACAUAAGAGAGGAAUAGGCAUUAUGCAGUUUUUUCCCCAAUUUUGUAUGUGAAAAAGCAUCUUCAAAACCAACAGCAAGCAAAGACAUGGAUAAAAGCAGUAUAUUAACUCCAAAACCAAUUUUUUCUUAAAAUAUGAACGUAUAUAAACUUUGAUUUAACCAAAAAAUGUUUAAAAAUUUUUUUAAGGUUAAAAACUUAAUAAAAAUGAUUUACAAAUUGGGUUAUCAUAAAUGAAAUAAAUUAUACUGAUCUUAUCCUAUUCCCAAAUCCACAAAAAUAAAUUGAUUCUCUGUGAAUUCUGAGUUUAAAAGCUGCUUCUUAUUCAAGGGUGAGGUUUUAGUGGAAUUAGAGAAAUUUUCUACAAACAUACUGGUCAGAUAUUGAAUUUUCUCAUUUUUAAAGAAAAACAUACUUGAAAUCUGAGAGAAAUUGAUUAAAUUUAAGACAUUAAAAAUUAAAUAAUUUAUAAUAAACCCCAUGUCACAUAUCUUUAUUAUAUUCAUGGAGAUAUAUAAAUGUACUCCUUUCUAGUCUAGAAAAGGUAACGGUCACUUUUCUUCCCCCUACUUUGUAAUCUCCCUCCCCUGACAAUGCAAUUUUAUCAUUGAUUAUUGCUAUGAAAUGAGCAUGCGGUGAGAGGAUCACAAAGGAUUUGAUAUUGCUAGAAUUUUAUUUUUAGAGACAAGUAGAUCUGCUGAUGGUUGCCAUGGAUAUUUCCAGCAGAAUUUAGCACUUUAGGGAGCUUAUAGUCAUCACAUAAUUGGGGAAGGAAAGGGUUCAGGAAGAUCUCCUUCUGACAUAAAAAGGCUCCAUUGUUCGUCCUUCAAAGGAGACUCUCGCUCCCAUGGGUCCUCUCCUGCAGCCGCUUAACCCAGAAGUGUGCAUGAGAGCUUCAUGACCAGCUAGCUCACUUCAUUACAGUUGCCAUUUCUGUUAAAAUACACAAAAGGAGGUGCCACCAAAACAAAGAUUAUACCUUGGUAGCUAUUUGACAUGAAAGAGGAGGAGUCUUACCAUGACAGGUGCCCCUCUAGUCCAGAACUGGUGAUGUGGCCAGGCCAAUCAGGAGAGUUCAUGACAGGGCUUCUUUUUGUGCACCAGCAUCCCUCUUCAGAGAGUGUAAGAUCCUGCCAAGUGUGCCAAGUUUGCAGCUGACCAAACACCUACAUUGUACUGGAAUUAUUCUAUGCAACACUGAACCUUAUACAAAUGCAUUUCUUCUGAUAUUGAUUACCCUUCUUACAACAAAACUGUUUCUUUUUUAAUUGCAAAUAGGGCUCGGUGUUUUUUACUUUUUUGUAUAUAUCACAGCACAUGAUUUUCCACUUUUUAUUUCAUUUAUUUUAUUGGGAUUAGCUUUUUUUAUCCUAAUAGAGACAAAGUUUGUAAUCUCUAAAUAACAUGUAAUCAGUCCAGUUACAGCACUUAUAGCUUGAAGAGCAUCUUAAUUUUCCCCACAAUUUCAUUAAGUCAUAAGACACAAGUUGCUUCUUGGUUUAAAAUUUGGUCCCCAAGAAACCUUUAGCUGUGAAGCAAAAGCACAGAGUGAAUUUUUACACAAGACAGGGAUGUCUAGAAUGGUCAUUACAGACGUAGAUAAUACUAAGUUUGUGUUUCCCUGUUUUACUUAAGGUUAAGGAGACUUUGGUGACUCUGAACUCUUUAUUUAUCAUUUCAGUUUAAAAGAAGAGUAUCCAAGACUAAGGGGAAGUGAUUGUCUUUGCUCCUUAAUGUUGCCUAUAUUGUAAUUAAUCACAUUAAUAAAUGCAUAUUUUCAGCAUAUCAGUGGAUUUAAUUUUGUGGAUCGCACACAUUAAAAUAGUCAUACUGUGGGAAUAUUAUAGCUGGUAACCAGCUGAUACUGAUUCUUAUUAUAGGAAUGGUUGUGAUGAUCAUGGUGAUAGAGGUAGUGAACUAGGUUGGUGGUGAUGUAAAGUAAAAUGAAAUUAUAUACUAUAUUGUGCCCAAUUUAUUAGAAAUUAUUUGAUCAGUGUUUCAUUUCAUUAAGAUAUCAUAAAGAUGUUUAUAGUAUUUUUUUACUUUAUUAUUUAAAUCAUAACUAACAAUAUUUUUAAAAACUUAUUUUCAUUGCUACAAUGUCUAAUAUUCCAAAAGCAGCCAACUACAGCUAUGUAUGUGUUUAUAACUCUAUGUGUGACAGAGUGAUUUUCCCUCUUUUUGAGCUUGAGCUGGAAGUAAAAGAAAGCUCAAUGAAUAAUUAUGAGCUGUCUCUUUAAUAAUAACUUGCCUUUGACAUGACACAAGAAUGAAUGAGUGAAACAGAUAUUCUCAUUGAAUAUGACACAUUGAUGUUUUCUGUAUGUUCCAUGUUGUUGUUAUUAUUAAAGACUCCCUUUAAAUAAAAAUCAUUUAAUCAAAUGAUUCCUUCUCUGAUAGGUAGAUUGAGAGCAUUUUCUUAAUUCGUUAUCCUGUACGUAACUAUCCAUUUGGUAUACUAGACGAAGUUGAAAUAUUAAUUCCCUGUGGCAUUCAGCAUGUGAAUAUGAUUCUCGUUUGAUUGUGUAUGUAUAUUUGUUGGUGAUGUGCUCAGGUGCUCCCACUACCAAUUAAUGUGUGUGCUGAUAUCCUAACAAAAACACAUCUGAUGUUAAAGGAAAUAAGUUUCUUGUCUGAAAAGAUAAAAACCUAAUAAAAUUGGUUUCAAAAUAAAAAAUAGAGUACUUGGAGAUACGUCUUGUUUCUAACUACAUGUUGCAUGCCGUGUUGGUGAUUUGCUAAUGUGUUCUUUUUUCUGUUCUACCCAAUCUCUCAAAAAUCUAAUGAACCAACAAAAAUUCUUGGGCUAAAGGUUAUAUAAGUUGAACUGAAAUACAUGAGAAUUGUAUAGAAAUGCUUGUAAAUCUGUCUUGAGUUUUACUUUAUGUAAAAAUAUGUCUUGGUUUUGUGAUUGUAUACAAGAUGUAUCUUGAUAACUUAU